AUGGGUCUAAGUACCCGUGGGAAACCUUGCUGGGUCCCUGCUUUGGGGCGCGUGGUCACAGGGUGUGCAAGCAUGCGGAAAGUGGUUUUGAUCACCGGGGCGAGCAGUGGCGUGGGCCUAGCCCUCUGCAGGCGGUUGCUGGAAGAAGAUGAUGCGCUUCACCUGUGCUUGGCGUGCAGGAGCAUGAGCAAAGCAGAAGCUGUCCGCACCUCUCUGCUGGCCUCCCACCCCACCGCUGAGGUCUCCAUCGUGCAGGUGGAUGUCAGCAGCCUGCCAUCGGUGUUCCAGGCCACCAAGGAGCUCAAGCAAAGGUUUCAGAGAUUAGACUAUGUAUAUCUAAAUGCUGGGAUCAUGCCUAAUCCACAGCUGAAUAUCAAAGCACUUUUUUGUGGUCUCUUUUCAAGAAAAGUGAUUCAUAUAUUCUCCACAGCUGAAGGACUGCUGACCCAGAAUGACAAGAUUACUCCUGAUGGGCUCCAGGAGGUGUUUGAAACCAAUGUCUUUGGCCACUUUAUCCUGAUUCAGGAACUAGAAUCUCUCCUAUGUCACAGUGAGAGUCCGUCUCAGCUCAUUUGGACAUCAUCUCGCAAUGCAAAGAAAUCUAAUUUCAGCCUUGAGGAUGUCCAGCACAGCAAAGGCCAGGAGCCCUACAGCUCUUCCAAAUACGCUAUUGACCUUCUGAGUGUGGCUUUGAACAGAAACUUCAACCAUCAGGGUCUGUAUUCCAGUGUAGUGUGCCCAGGUACGAUGCUGACCAAUUUGACAUAUGGAAUUCUACCUCCCUUUGUGUGGAUGUUAAUCAUGCCAAUCAUAUGGCUGUUACGCUUUUUUGCAAAUGCUUUCACGUUGACACCUCACAAUGGAACAGAAGCACUGGUCUGGCUUUUCCACCAAAAGCCCGAGUCUCUCAAUCCUCUGGUGAAAUAUCUGAGUGCUACCACCGGCUUUGGAAGCAAUUAUGUGACGUCCAAAAAGAUGGACCUAGAUGAAGACACUGCUGAAAAAUUUUACCAAAAGUUACUGAAACUUGAAAAGCAGAUUAGGGUCACCAUUCAAAAAACCAAUAACCAGAACUGAAAAUGAUG